AUGUCACCACCGCCAUCGAUACAUUCGCGCGAGGAAUCGAGUCACAGCUCGCCAACACCACCAUCCGACCCCCAGAAGAGGUCAACUUCCAACCCUCAUGGUCCGUGGCAUCGCGGCCUGUACGCCGUCUGUCUAGCUAUAGAUCGGUGCAAAACACCUUCUCAUGGUGAAGACUACAAGUGGAGCAAGACAAACCGUUGUUCUUCAUUGGAGUGGGUCGGUGAAAAGAUACCGUUUCUGGCUCGUGACAGGACCGGCCUCAGCCUACCGAAACCUUUCACAGCUGAGCAGUUCCAGUCGAGGAUGCAAGCUUCGUUCAGGCCGAGCCGAUCAAAAGCCCCCGAAGGCUGCACAUCCGAAACAUUCUGGAGCAGAGGCUCGGAAAAUUUCGAGCAGGCAUAUUUCAGCCGGAUGAAGCACAACGCCAUGCAUUAUGACGCGGCAGGUGCGGAACAGCUACUUCCCCGUUUCAUCGAAAGUCUGGAAACGAUGAUCGUUGACAUCACGACACCUGAUGCAACAAGGCGUCUUUCUGUCAUCGGACACAACUCAUCUGAUGACGACGAGCUCAGUUCUAUCGACAGCUUCGAAGAACCGAUGCUUGAUAAUGGAAGUGUACCACGACCAGAUGAAGCUUCGCCAAGAUCAUCGACCUCGGACCCUUCACCACCUGAGCCCCUGCCAGAGAGCCGGAUGUUGACUGACGAGCAUCCUCGAAAGAGACGCAAACUGGAGCACAUACCGCGUCGCAUAUCGUCUGAAAGUGUGGGAGACGGUAUUUUCGACGGACCAGGGGAACGCACAUUCGACCUCGAUGCCGGCAAGAUCAAGGCAGCAAUGAACGACAUUUCACAGCUCAUCCAAUCAGCGGUCGCUGGCUUCAUGUCGGACAUCAGGCUCAGCAUUGGACAGGCUAGCCUCUACAGUCGAUGCCUCGACGCUGGUCUGGUGGCGCUCUUCCACACUUCAUUCAGCGUCGACAUCCGCGCUACGUAUGAGACACUCCAAAGCCUCAACAAGCUACAGGCGUAUGAUGUCUUGCGCUCGUUGGUCUCGGCAUUCCUUUACAGCAAUAUUUUCGAUGGAGGCCUCGACUGGCAGCAAGAGCUGUGUCAAGAGGUCGUGCAGGCCGAGCGAAAGGCUAAGCACGGCUCUUCUUGGAAAGUAGGAACUUGGCAGACGUUGGCUGACAAGUAG